UGUGCAUCAUCAGCCGUGGCUCAGGAAGCGCCACCUCUUUCCCCGGCUGCUGUCACACAGGAGGAAGCUCCGGCUGCGCCUCCCCUUGCCUGCCCUCUCCUCUCUCCGGUGCCGCCUGCCUGUCACCGAGCCCGCUGCAAGUGGCAGUCCGCAGCAGAGGUGGCCAGCAGCAGUAGCAGCCGCAGCAUCGCCCUCCUCAGCACCAUGGCAGAGCAGACGGAGUCCCCGGUACACAGCCAGCAGCAGAUCGGGUGGCCCAUCUGCAGGGAGAGCUACGAACUCCAGGAGGUGAUCGGAAGUGGCGCCACAGCAGUGGUCCAGGCAGCGCUAUGCAAACCCAGACAAGAGAGAGUGGCCAUAAAGAGAAUAAACUUAGAGAAAUGCCAAACCAGCAUGGAUGAGUUGCUAAAAGAGAUACAAGCCAUGAGUCAGUGCAGUCACCCCAAUGUUGUUACCUAUUAUACCUCAUUUGUGGUGAAGGAGGAGCUGUGGCUGGUUAUGAAGUUACUAAGUGGAGGUUCGAUGUUGGAUAUAAUAAAGCAUGUGAUUGGCAGAGGGGAACACAGGAGUGGAGUGUUAGAGGAACCAAUUAUUGCAACGAUACUUAAAGAAGUUUUGGAAGGGUUAGAUUAUCUUCAUAGAAAUGGACAAAUUCACAGGGAUUUAAAGGCUGGUAAUAUCCUUUUGGGAGAAGACGGAUCAGUACAGAUAGCAGAUUUUGGUGUCAGUUCAUUCUUAGCAACUGGUGGUGAUGUUACCAGGAAUAAAGUUAGAAAAACGUUUGUUGGCACUCCCUGCUGGAUGGCCCCAGAAGUAAUGGAACAGGUUCGAGGUUAUGACUUUAAAGCUGAUAUGUGGAGUUUUGGAAUAACAGCAAUUGAACUAGCUACAGGUUCAGCUCCCUACCACAAGUAUCCUCCAAUGAAGGUAUUAAUGCUGACCUUGCAAAACGAUCCCCCAAUUUUAGAAACUGGAGUAGAAGAUAAAGAGAUGACAAGAAGAUACGGGAAAUCAUUUAGAAAGCUAAUUUCACUGUGUCUCCAGAAAGACCCGUCAAAGAGGCCAACAGCAGCUGAACUUCUGAAAUGCAAAUUCUUCCAAAAAGCUAAAAAUAGGGAAUAUCUAAUAGAAAAACUCCUUACCAGAACACCAACUAUUUCUCAGAGAGGGAAGAAGGUUAGAAGAGUUCCGGGCUCAAGUGGCCACCUCCAUAAAACAGAAGAUGGCGACUGGGAGUGGAGCGAUGACGAAUUAGAUGAAAAAAGUGCUGAAUACCAAGAUGCAUUAUCCAAAGAAAAGUCAAGACGAAUCGAUGAUGACAGUGAAAAUGCAGAGGUAAGUACUUCCACAGAUAGCAAUAUGCAAACACGAUUGCAGAAUAUGACUGUACAUGAUACUCAGGCACAAACCAAUGAAAGCCAUCAUGAUAAUAGAAAUCCAUCUGUGAUUAACCUUGUUCUGCGGUUAAGAAAUUCCAGAAAAGAACUCAAUGAUAUACGUUUUGAGUUUACUCCAGGCAGGGAUACAGCAGAUGGUGUUUCGCAGGAGCUCUUCUCGGCGGGCCUCGUGGACGGUCAUGAUGUAGUUAUAGUUGCUGCUAAUUUGCAGAAGAUGGUAGAUGACCCACUAUCAUAUAAAUCCUUGGCAUUCAAACUAGCAUCCGGAUGUGAUGGGACAGAAAUUCCUGACGAAGUCAAGUUGAUCGGGUUUGCACAAUUGAGCAUCAGUUGAUUAUUUGCACUUGACCGUUGGGUAGUCACAUUGCUUUUUGGCUAUUCUAGAUAAGAGAAUAAAAAGGGAUUAAAAAAAAGCACCACAUAAGAUUUGCUUUAAAUCUAAAAAAUUCACAAAGAUGUA